GCAAGAAAGCUGUCAUAAUAAAUACGACAACUCAGUUUCUGUUCAGUGUCCCGGGUUAUAACGUUGUCUUGAGCGGAACAGUGGAGCGAUUCACCCGGAUUUAUGUCAGUGGCGAUCAACCCCCGAAAAGGAAAAUUAAGUUUUUCGGCUUCCUAGCCGGAGAAAGGAUGAUAAACCCGUGUACUGUGGCCGGCCUCCUGCUGGCGAUCAUCGCGGUAGUGGCUGCUGCUUCCUAUGACCGGGAGCGGCUGGAGAUUGCGAAGCAGAUCCUGGAAGAAGUACCUCUCACUGAUGGCCAUAACGACUUACCGUGGAACAUCAGGAAAUUCUUGCGCAACCAGAUCAACGAAUUCGAGCUGAACACCGACCUCACGGUGGUGGAACCCUGGUCCAUCUCCAAGUACUCACACACUGACCUGCCCAGGCUGAAGACUGGUAUGGUGGGAGCCCAGUUUUGGUCGGCGUUCGUCCCAUGCGCCACGCAGAACAAAGACGCGGUGCAGCUGACUCUGGAACAAAUCGACGUGAUCAAACGUCUCGUGGAAAAGUACCCGCAUGAUCUGCAGUUCGCAACAUCGGUCACAGAUAUCCUGGAGGCCCACAGCGCUCGCCCUCGCAAGAUCGCUUCACUCAUCGGCAUUGAAGGAGGUCACUCUAUCGCCAACUCUUUGGGAGUGCUCCGAUCCUACUACCAGUUGGGAGUGCGGUACAUGACCCUCACCCACACUUGCAACACCCCAUGGGCCGACUCAUCGAACGAAGCGCCCGUGGCCAAUGGACUGACCGAAUUCGGAGAGAAAGUGGUGCGUGAGAUGAACAGGCUGGGCAUGAUCGUGGACUUGUCGCACGUGGGUGAGAACACCACCAGGGCCGCCAUCCGACUGUCCCGAGCCCCCGUCGUCUUCACACACUCCUCGGUCUACAGCCUCUGCAACCACAAGCGCAACGUUCCUGAUGACAUCAUUCACUCCCUGAAAGAAAAUGGCGGAAUUAUCAUGGUGAAUUUCUUCCCGGACUUCGUGAAGUGCGCUCCUAAUGCUACCAUCUCCGACGUCGCCGAACACUUCCACUACAUCAAGCGUAUGGUUGGCGCUGACUACGUCGGCAUCGGUGGAGACUUUGACGGUGUCAAUAGGGUCCCUCGUGGAUUGGAGGACGUAUCCCGCUACCCGGAGCUGUUCGCUGAACUGCUACGAAGUGGCCAAUGGACCGUGCAGGAGUUGAAGAACCUCGCUGGCCUCAACAUGCUGCGCGUCAUGCGACAGGUUGAGAAGGUCCGUGAUGAGAUGCGCACCAACGGCGUGGAACCGGAGGAGCACCCUGACUCCCCCAACGACAACGGAAAUUGCACCAGCAACGCUUUCUACACCGAAUACGUGUAGACAGAUCCCACUCCCCACGCGACUGCAUAUUUCAACUUUAUUUCUAUUUAAAGAGAAUUGAAAUUGGCCUGUCUAUUCAACGAUUUUCACUUAUCAAAAUUAAGAGAAUUAUAACUAAACUUCAAAAUAUCGUUAAUUGAUAAGCCUCUGUAUUAGGAUUGUUUCUCCAAAUUUAUUGGAAAGUAUGAACGGCUACUAUAGGCGUUUUUUGGUGCGAAAUAUAGAAAUGUAUUUGAAAUGUGCAGCCGCGUCCGUACCGUCACUGGACCGUGAGUUCAAUCCGACAGUUUGAUUCCAAUUGAUGCGUGUUUAACAUGAUAAAUGUCGUUGUAUCAAUAAGCGAGCCUCCACACUUGUAUCGGAGUUUGCUUCGCCUAGCGAACGCUUUGUCAACGCCUAACGUCCGGCAGUCACACGUUUUCAUUAUAUUUCAAUCCAACACAAUUAAUAACAAAUAUCAGGAAAAUCAGAUAAAUCAAAAUCGUAUAGAUUACUUUGCAAAUUAGAGCAAUUCCAUUGAAAUUAAUUACUAAUUCAUUCAUUCAAUCUUAUUAUAAUAAUUAAUGUAAUUUAUACAAUUUUGAUAACGUUAAUUAAAACGAUUUGCUAUUUUAUCCGAACCCAAUAUUUAACGAAAUUUAACUAAAUUAUGAAUCUGUUUACAUUUGCUGAAUGUUAUUGCUGCUUACAUUUUGACCAGUUCGUUUGUAACCGUACAAGUGUGGAGAAUCUGUAACCGAUGACGUAUUCACGUCGAUAUGUGUCUGUUUAGUUAUUAUUCAAAGUAGCUGCUGUCAUAUUUCACAAGCGGUUGGCUGCGGGACUUUAUACGACAAUGAAUUCUUCUCACAGAUACAUCGAACAUGAUUUUGUAAACCCAAGCGACAAAGGUAUUUCAAGUUACACGCUAUGAUUCAGUAAAUAAUGCAAGCGACGAGCCUUUGAAAGUUUAUAACAAGAGGGAUCCAACUUUACAGUUUAAAGUUCAUAAAUUCAUCGGAGCAGAGAUCUGAACCAGGCGCAAGAUCUCUUUAUUACAGCAGCUGGAACGUUUAAGACAAUUAAGCGAAUUAAGUGCAAGUAAGACUUAAGUUGCAUUCAACUGACUCUCAUUUUAUUUUCAAACUUAAAUGAAAAAUGGGACAAACGUUUAAAGAAUGAAUAAAUGCAUAAAACUUUCAUUAAAUCGGAAUUUUUGCGUAAAUUUGUAUAUCGUUAAUGUGAGAGGAGAUGGCGGCCACUAAUAUGAGUCAUGCGUCUGUAAGUACCACCGCAGAUCUGUUAGAGUGAGCCUCUUGCCUGCGGCCCACUCAGUUUCCAAUUUCACUUCGAUCCAAUUAUUCGAAAUCAUAGCGAUCGAGACUCAGCCAAUCCAAUUUAACAGUAAAUUAGUUGCUAUUAAAUGUACUAGGCUAUAUUGUAAUAACUGGAAUACUAUAUCACGCGUACAUCAGUGGUCGCCAUUUUGAAAUGAAAAUGUAAAUUCUAUAUUUAGCAUUCCUUUUAUUCAAGUUAAUCCAAACAAAAGCAUCGUAUAUUGAAUGUAUCAUCGUCACCGAUACUGUAACCGGUGAAUCAUUUAACCACUCCGCGAACCGCAUUUUAACAAAAAUGGACGCUAAUUGAAUGUAUUCAGAAAUGUUUCAAUAUGAAUAAACAAUCGAAAUGUUAAUGAUUGGAAGUUUGUCUGAGAGAGGUUUGGCUCCGGGCGGUGACAAGUUUACUGCUCCAAUAUUAGCCGGUGCCAAGUAAGUUUGUCGCGAGGUUUAACGAGGUCUUGGGAGAACGUCUUGGUGACACCGCGCCCACACUGCGAGUGCUGCGCUCCGUAGUUGGGAUUGUGUCUGUUUCUGCGGGCGCUGGGUGUUUGGCAAUACGUCGCUUGUGAAAUAUGGCGACAGUUUGUAUGUCGUAACUGUUUAGAUAAUCAAAAUAUAUGUCAUGUAAUAAAUGUUGUAGCUGCAUGCUAGGUGUAACAUUGUGAACUGUGCACUUCUUCCUUCUUUACAACUAAGCUGAUUGUGUUCACAUAUCACUCCCCCCUUUCACCUCCACUCUUUCUGAUAAUACGACUUCUAUCCUUCUUAUGUUCUCCUUCUCUUUUCCUAAGGUUGCAUUAUCAGGAGAGUAAUUUAGAUAGAGAACUCAAAAUUGGAAUUAAAUGGAAGGCUCUAGUGCGAGAGAAGUAAAAUUAACUGGGUAAAUAGAGAAAUGUAACAAAAAUAUUUUAUUUUACUAUUGUAAUUUAAAAUAAAAAUAAAAGGUUCGAUCUAGGGACGUAGGUAGAGAAUAAAAUUUGUAAAAAGACAUUUUACUAAAUAAAAAACGUAACGUUUGUUUUACGGCGGCGGGUAUUAUAUUGUUCGUUGUUACUUACAUUCCAACUGAGGAAUUGAAAGUUCCUUGUAUGUUCAAACAUGUGAGGCAUACCGUCAGUGUUCUGACGCAAUAUAAGUUCGUUGUGGAUUCGUUCUCUUCGUUGUUAUAUAACGUAAUAUUUUGUAGUUUACUUGUAAUUAAUAUAAUUAAGUUAACAUAUUUUUACAUCUAUGUAAAGAUGUCGCUCAUCACUUUAAGUUCCACGUAAUUCGGACGAGAGUGGAAGAGGCUGUGCAAGCGUGUGACGGCCGGUGUGAGCACGGCCUGCCGGCACGGACCGGCUCCCGGGCUUACAACGCUCAUCAUUUUCGCUUUCAAGUUUGCAAGCAUUAAAUGCGAGCGGAUCAGAGCUGAGCUGAAUGAGAGCACAAAGCCUCGAGUCGCCGGACACGCGCCGGACGCGGCAAUUGUCCGGGAAGCGUCGGAGCCCAUCCGACACUGUCCGACUAUGUAAGCUAAAAGCUAGUAUACAAUGUAGAGUAAGGUCUAAACUUGUGAUGGAGAUCGUUGUGCCAAAAAUGACCUAAACUUUUUAUAACUUCUUACACAGUUUGAUAUUAAAACUGUAACUUUCAUUUUCUUUUAUAAUCUUGUAGUAAAACGGCUACCAGUGCCACGAGGAAACGAAUAAAUGUAUGUAACCUAGACUUGAGUUGAUUUGUCAUUUGGACAAUAAUACCAUCCACUUUAAAUGAAAUGCUGUGAAUUUCUCGAUGUAUAUUUAAAUGUAACUUUAAUAUAUGAUGUGAAAGAACGACUAUUUCUUAUAAAUUGUGACUGAACGAUUUUUGAACCUAUACUCAACUAUAAACUAAGGAAUUUCGUCUAAAAUCUGGCUGUUAUUUUGUGGUUCUUUUAUCUAUUUUACAUACAAUCAUGUAAUCAAGCGCACAGUCGGUAUUUAUUACACGGAAACCACUGGGUGAUGGUAUGACAAUGCAUCGGUCACACAAACUAGUGGGCGAUCACAGUGACGCGAGCGAGCCAUCACCUUCGCUGCGCCGGCGGUGGUCGCUCGUGCCGGUUACAGUACGACAACGACAUAUAUUCCUAUUGUGACUCGGUACGUUCCAGCGUAUAUUGUUGAAAGAUACCCGCGUAAUUCAAAUGUCCCAAACAUAAUAUACCUGAUUUACGAGCUUGAAACCGAAUUCCCGACGUGUGCGCUUGAGCCGAGUUGUGUGGCGCGUUGCUGCGUGUUCAGCUCGACUGAUAACACUAUCACUAUUUACUUACCUGUAUAUGCUCCCCCUCUGAAGCCUGUAUUACUUCGGAGGACCUCAUCACUUCCUUCACUGUCUUCCCCGUUUAGCAAAGCGCCAGGCAACUGUAUACUGGACUAUUUAUAUAUUUAUUACACUAGAUAACCAAUAAACACGUUUGCUGUAAUCUA